GGAAGUAGACGUGGAACUUUGCCCUGGUUCACUGCGAGUUCGGGAGACAAAUGCUGUCAAAUUGGCUUGUUGCUGUUUAUAAUUAUUACUUUAUUGUAAACUUUUAUCUUAAAACAUGCUGAUCUGAGUCGUUAGAUGUUAAAUGAUCUAAUUGCCAGGGGAUAUAAACCACCACACAAGUAACGUUUCUGUCAAAUUGAGGGUCUCUGUCAUUCAUUUCCGAGUCGUUGCAGGGCAAAUAGAUAGUUUGUUUUAAGUGAAGUGAAGAUGUCAGAAAUUGUGUGAUAUGCCUGUAAAGAUAAUAAAUGAACCUAUGCUUAAGGGUUAAACAUAGGAAUUGAUAGAUAUGGCUAUCUUGCAUGUAAAACACGGCAGAAUUGCGCUUCAUUUAGUCAAGCUGUGUCGCAAAUGAUCAGACAAUUUUAGCAAUAGUCCGUUUACUACCAAAUGAAGUAUGGUAAGAUUGAUAUAGGGCUUCAACUUAUUUUCAGCGCUGCCUAUGCCUUUGUUCCUUGACACGACGUGUUGAAAUGGGACCGGGGUCUUUUCGUGUACAAUGUACUGUAUUGCUAAACAGUCCGUCCUGCCGUUGAAGAGCGACGACAUUAGGUUGUAGUUUGACAACAGUUAUUUGUCUUUUUCGUAAAAUACCUCAACAUUAUCGUCGAGGAAAAUGUCUCCAGUACCUGUUAUCCCUCUGAUAAUCAACGGUUGUAUGUCUGCGCUGGGCUGCAUGGCAACUAUUAAACUAAUCCCAGCAUUCAAGGAACAUUUCAUCGGAGCCAGGCUGUAUGGAAUGGACUUGAACAAAACCAUCAAAAAGGAAGUGCCUGAGUCCCAGGGUGUCAUCUGUGGCACGGUGUUCCUCAUCAUCUCCUUCUGCUUCAUCCCCGUGCCCUUCCUCAGCUGCUUCAUGGGCGAGCAGCAGUGCCAAGGCUUCCCUCACAACGAGUUUGUGCAGUUCAUCGGUGCUCUCCUGGCCAUAUGCUGCAUGAUCUUCCUGGGCUUCGCUGACGACGUGCUGAACCUGCGAUGGAGGCACAAGCUCCUGCUGCCCACCAUUGCCUCUCUGCCCCUCCUCAUGGUCUACUUCACCAACUUUGGCAACACGGUGAUCGUCGUGCCUAAGCCCUUCCGAGUUUUGCUGGGGAUGCAUCUGGAUCUCGGGAUUCUGUACUAUGUGUACAUGGGCAUGCUGGCUGUAUUCUGCACCAACGCUAUCAAUAUCCUGGCUGGAAUCAAUGGCAUAGAAUCAGGACAAGCCCUCUUCAUCUCUGGAUCCAUCAUUGUCUUCAACUUCUUGGAACUCAAUGGAGACUACAGGGAUGAUCAUGUUUUCUCCUUGUACUUCAUGAUGCCUUUCUUCUUCACCACACUGGCUCUUUUCUACCAUAAUUGGUAUCCCUCGGCCGUGUUUGUGGGGGACACAUUUUGCUACUUUGCCGGGAUGACGUUUGCGGUGGUGGGCAUCCUGGGCCACUUCAGCAAGACCAUGCUGCUCUUCUUCAUCCCCCAGGUCAUCAACUUCAUCUACUCCCUGCCACAGCUCUUCCACGUGGUACCCUGCCCAAGGCACCGGCUGCCCAGACUAAAUCCAGACACAGGGAAGCUUGGAAUGAGCUACUCAAAAUUCAAAAAGAAGGACCUAUCAACGUUAGGACAGUUAGUUGUAAAGGUGGCACAGAUGUUAUGGCUGCUAGACGUGCGGCAGUCCCCCGAAGGUGACGAUGAGUUUAUUGAGUGUAACAACAUGACACUCAUUAAUCUGGUGCUGAAAAUACUGGGGCCAACCCACGAGAGAAAUCUCACCACCAUAAUGUUACUGAUACAGGUUUUAGGAAGCAUCACAGCGUUUGGGAUUCGAUAUCACCUGGUACGGCUAUUCUAUGACGUUUAGAUGCUAUCAUAGCAGUCAAUGUGGAUACAAAUGGACUAAGAGGACCGCAAUCAUCCCAUAAAGGGCUCUCUGCAUUAUUUUGCUUUCAUUCGAGUGAGAACUGAGAACCAAGAUGGUGGUCUCUCACUUGUCAUUCAGUUGCAUGGUCUUGAAGGAUUUCAAAGCUGUUACAGCAAAAAUGUGGCACUUGACCGAUUCAAAUGACCAAGCUAAAAGUCUACUAAAAGCCUUGUCCCCCCUUACAGGUAUAUUAGUGGGAGAUUUAGUGAAAUUAGACAUAGUCAGCAAUUAUGGGAACAUAAGACAUGAAUUUGGGGGAAAUAAACACUUUUGUAAUGAAAACUGAACAAUGUCUUAUUAGCAAUUAUCCACCAACUACACUGAACAUGUAUGGAUUAUCUUUAUGGUGUCUGAACCCUUUUAUGUGUGACUGUUAGACACCUGGAAAUUUGCCUGCUUUACUGAAUGUAUGUAUACCUUCCUACCUACCCAAAUAAAUGUGUUCUGAACA